UAUUAUAAAGGUUAAUGAACUGCACACGACGUUUAUUGAGCAAUGAACACAUAAGUAUACCUAAUACUAAUACAAUAAUAAUAUGAUAAUAUUAUAAUCGCGAGUAUAUUUGCUAUUUCGCCUCCGGUGGGGUUGAUCGUUCAUCGCCCACACGUCGCUAGAUUACAGCCGGGCAUGAUAUUAAAAUAUAGUCUAUGUAGACGAUUCAACGAACGUUCACCUGGAGGACAAUGAUUAAACAAGGCUACGUAAGUCUGGUGCGAUUUUGAAAGACCUGCGUAAUUACACACAGACGCACACACACACACGCGGUUGUCGUGAGCUACCUAAAAAAAAGAAGAAAAAGAAACAAAAACUCCAACAAACGGUACAUGGAGCAACGUAGCGCUAGUGUAUUGGUACUGCGAUGGGUAGGUACGUGGAAGAACGGUUUUCUCAAGCGGACGGCGGCGGCGUGCGCGGCCAGUGACAAUCGCGCCGAGAGACGUGCAACAACCUUUCCUUCAACACGACGAGCGUCGUCGUGGUGGUGGACGUUACACGCUUCUCUAUUCUUUCUUCGCUCUCCAUACCGCCAAACAACUGCACAUUUUUGUUUUAAAUUAAUUUUUAGUUACCCAGUACAUCGUGAAAUCCGUUAAUUUUGAUUAGUUUUUAAUUGGUUGUAUUAAUAUUAAAGUUAAGAAUAUUAUUUAUCGUAUACCACAGUCAUCGUCGGUUACCUAUCUUUUAUAUUAUUACAGCAGUGUUCGUCUCUUUUCGGUCGCAUCAGUGGUGUUUUUUUUCCUCUUAGAACUAGUGAUUUACCGAGAUAGUUACGUGAAUUUAAAAUCCUUGCAGCGAAUGGCUGCAAAAGGAUCGUCCCCGUCGUUCUCCGAUGGCUACGUAAAAUAAUACAAAAUUCCAUUAGAAUAUAGUCAUGGUCUCGUCGUCAAAAUAAUAGUCGCAACGAUGUUCGGUCUCGGGUGUAGUGUGCAAAAGAAACCUGCGUACCGACAGCAGGACGACGUGCACAUGGUGGUCAGAAGCAGCAGGAGUCAUGGUGCCUCAAUUGCCGGCGUCCGCAGGAAACGUGGUCAUCACCCAAAAUUUAGCGCAAACACUCAGAUGGACAACGACGUCACGCCGGUUUACUUGGCCGCACAAGAGGGACACCUGGAAGUACUUAAAUUCCUCGUGCUCGAGGCAGGUGGUUCGCUGUACGUCCGAGCCAAAGACGGCAUGGCCCCUGUGCACGCCGCCGCUCAAAUGGGAUGUCUCAACUGUUUGAAAUGGAUGGUCAGAGAUCAAGGAGUCGACCCGAACCUCAGAGAUGGCGAUGGUGCAACAGCGUUACAUUUCGCCGCGAGCAGAGGUCACGUUGACACGGUGCGGUGGUUGUUGAGGCACGGCGCCAACCUGGUCGUCGACAAAUACGGGAAAAGCCCAAUCAACGACGCAGCGGAAAAUCAUCAGAUGGAGUGUCUGAACAUAUUGGUGCAACAUGGUACGAUGCCAGAUUAUCACGACGAGAAAAAGAACGGCAGGUUGUUAGGCUGUACGUGUCGAAAAGAAGAACCGAAAACACGAUGCUCGUUUGCCGAUUGCGUCAACUACAAGAAGAGCCAGGAACCGUUUUACCUGCAUCCCCCGUCGGCGGUGGGCGGUCAUCAGCAGCAGCAGCAGCAACAACAACAACAACAACAACAACAACAGCAGCAGCAGCAGCAACAGCAACAGCAUAACGGGACCGGACGCGGCAAGGUGGCCGUCAAAGACGGCCUGUACGUCGUGAAAACGCCACCACCACCGCCGCCACCGCCACAACAGCAGCAGCAGCAGCAGUUUUGCAAAGUCAACUCGGCGGCGUCAGUGCUGCAGGCCGUCGAACCGGUCAGACCGCCGCAGCCGCAGGGACCGUUUUACCUGCACAACCCGAACGGAGUGAUCGACGACCCGGUGAAGGACAUAUUCGCGACGGACAAGACCGCGGCAAAGACAACGUCGUACGUGACCACGGCCGCUCCUCCGCCGCCACCUCUGCCGGCCAUUGGCCUCAACACCAUGACCGUCAAGGUGGAGGUGCACAGCAGCAACAGCAGCUCCGGCGCCGGAUCGGACGAGAACCUCAGCUCGUCGUCGUCGGAUCGGGGCAGCGACCAGGGCACGGCGGCCGGCGAGAACGACUACGAGGACAUUUACGAGGUGAGGCAGCGAGCCGAAGGCGUAGGUCUUCUGCACCACACACAGCAUCACCACCGCGGCAAAGAGUCCAAAAGCCCCAGCCGGGACUCGGGUAGCCACAGCCGGUCCGGAUCCAUGAGCUCUACGGGCAGCGGAGGCGGUGGUACAACCGGAGUAGUCGGUUCGUCCGUGGUCGUGCUCCACACUAGCAGUGGAGGUGGUGUCAGCAACAGCACGUUAGUCAACUCGUCGUGUGCGACAAUCACCAACGUCACUGUCAACGGCUCGUCAGACAUGAUCGAGUGCUACGAGCCCGUCGGCGUAAUGACGCCAGAGUCGGGAGUGUCGAGCGGCUCGCCGUCGGACGUGAGCCAUUCGGCCGAAGACUCGGACCCGGAGCUGCCGGGCCAACACCACCAUCAUACGUUGCCGCUGCACGCGGCCGUUCACCACCACAAGGAACGGACGCCGCUGAAGCGCGUGGUGUCGGAACCGGCGGCGGGCGUGUGUCCUCCACCGCCCCCGCCCCCCAUGCCCGUCAACGAUUUCCACGGACAGGUGUACGUGUACGUGCAACAGCAGUCAGUCCGCAAUUCGAGAGAAUCUUCGGAUGGUGGAGGGGCGUUGGUUACGGCGAUGACUGGACCUCAGCAACCAGCAGCGUUCAUUCCACCAAAGUUCCCGGUCACGGGCGUUCAUGACAUAGGACUCAUCAAACCCUCAGAGUACCUGAAGAGCAUUGUCGGCGGUGGCGUGGGUGGCAAUACCGGUGACCCGAACGAAGUUGUCAGGCCAGCGAACGUGCCGUUGCACAGGACCAAGUCCGAACUGUCGGUGGCCGUCCAACACCAACAGCAGCACCAGCAACAGCCGUUGGCCGCGAUCAGCAUACACGACUUGCACAGCGUACAGCUCAAGAAGACGCCGGGCACCGUGAAGAUCAUGCAGAACAACAAUAACGACGUGGACAAACAAUCUGGUGUCGUGCCUCCGUUACAAGCACAAAGGCAAGAUCUGAUAGCAGAAUUAAAAAUGUCCAAAGAUAUUAACGGCAUUAAAAAGAUGAAAGUGGAAAAAGUCAAAAUGGACGAGAUGAGCGAAAAACAAAAGAUCAACGAGAUCACCAAACAAUUGUCGCCCGACAAUAUCAUAGAUCAGAUCCCGGAAAAGGACGCCAACGGUAAUGUGAUACCCGCGUGGAAGCGUCAGAUGAUGGCUAAAAAGGCAGCGGAAAAAGCACGAAAGGACAUGGAGGAGGAGCUUAGCCGGCAGGCCGAAGAAAAGCGUUUGCAAUCUCUGCCGCCGUGGAAACGGCAAUUGAUGCAAAACAAGAGACAAGACGACAAGCUGUCGACCAAUGGGAAACCACCACCAGCUUUCGUGGGCAAGGUGACGUUUGCCGAAUCUGCAGCGGACGGUCAAAACAAGGAAAACGAUCAGCCGGCAGUGGAAGAUGAACCAGUGGCGGAGACGGAUGAGAAACCCACGGCGCCACAGCCUCCUUCGCAGCCACAGCAAAAAGUAUCCAACAACAAUGCAAAAGACUCCGACGGCGACGAGGGUCUUGCCAAAAUCAUUCCGUGGAGAGCUCAGCUGAGGAAGACCAACAGCACUCUUAAUCUUUUAGAGUAAUAUACCGCCUAUAUAUACGCAAUACUGUUCCAUAUUAUUAUUAUUUUUAUUAUUUAUAUACAUAUUAUACUUACGAUUAUUAAUUUUAUUAUCAUAUACAUAUAUAGAUAUAAUAUACUUAAAUAAUAUUUAUAAUUUAUACGAUACACAUCAUAUAUUGUAUACUAUUUUAUUAUAAACGUUGUCUUCUCUAUGCUGUUAAUGAUUAAAAACAAAAAUUCACAAUAAUAAUUGUGCGUAAACGUUAAGGACCAGAUUCAAGCGUAUAGGCAUAUUAUAUAGUAUAGUUUUAUAUAUUAUACAAUGUACUACAAUAUUAUAUUAUUUAAACUAUAAUGUCUUAUGUCUACAUUAACACAUUAUAGUAUCUAUGUACGAUGUUCUAAUAUAUUAUUCUCACGCGCUGCAUGUUUAAAUAAACCCUAAGACAUUGUUGUUUUUUUUUUUACUUUACUUAACUUAUUUUGUAUACUCUCAAAAUAUAGAAUAUCGAUUUCCAUUUGA